AUGCUAUUUGUCAUGGUUCUAUUAGCUCAUUUCUUCCUUAUCGCUUCUGUGAUUGUAUGUCUAGGAGGUCAUCGCGAUCAAGAACCAUCGAGUGGUGAAUUUUCUGCUGAAAGUUGUUCUUCGAGCUCAUUGUCAGAAGACAAGUCUACGCGAAAGGUGGCAGGAGACUCUACCGCGAGGGGACGUAGAGAAAGAGUAAAACAUAAAAAGCGAGGAAGAGGGAGUAAAGCGAAAAAGUCGCACCAUUCCCUGAAACGUGAAAAACGAAAUGGUGGGAAGAAAAGUAUAACUAAGAAACAAAACGUAAAAGAAGAGCAGUUGAAGGAAAAAGAGAGUGAAGAUUCUUCUUCACCAGAAGACAUCUAUGCCGAAGACACCAUAAAUGAAUGCAAGAGUGAGUGGGGAAAAGAGAUGCCAUACAUUAAGGCUAGUGGUAAGCAAUUGGGUCUGAAGCAAGGAAAGAAAUCACGCGAUUACCUCCCUCUUGCACUUGAUGACACGCCUUCAUCACCCAAUGGUCUCGACCCAGCAUGUGAACAGAAAAAAGACAUACCAUCAUCUUCGGACAUUUUCAAUCUUUCGCGGGAACAGAAAACUCAAACGUUGCCGAUAGAGUACGAUGAAAAGGAAAAAAUAAAAAGCAAGAAUGUUACAGAAAAAACGACUAGAAAAGAUCAGUGUGCUUUUCAUAGUGCAGAAAAGCUUCAAAAGGAGAGUGAAAUGUAUGUAGAACAGAAAACUCAGCGCUGUAACAGCGAGAAACGCAAGGAAGUGGGGCAAUUCUCACAACAUUACCUCCAUACUCCUGUGCUCAAGCUUCCGAGGCAGAAGUUAAUGGGGUGUACACAUACUACUGACAACAAACCCCCAAGCAAAUUUUCUUCCAAGAUAUGCCCUGGAACGUCUCUGCAUGGAAAGAACCUCCAAGGAUCCUCUGAAAAUUUGGAGCUAGGUUUUUUUAAUGCAGGAUCCAAGGAGAAACUUACAUCCUCAUCAUCCCAAGGAGUACAGUCCAGAGAAUCCAUGAAAAACCUUGCACUGAAGCAGAGAUCAAAAACAUUCUCGAACGAAAGGAUUAGAAACAGUUUUGCGGAAAAUAAGGUCCCACUCUGCAACGAAGCAACUCAGAGAAGUCUUGAGGGCGGAGAUAUCAUGCGCCAUGAUUUUAUGCGAGGCGGAAAAGUUCAAUCUAAAGAGUCUUUGCGAUCAACAAAUGAUUUAUUAGGGCAGAAUUAUAAACCUAAACGAGUAUUGCCAGAGAGAAAUCGUGUUAUGCAGAGUCAAGAUGUUAUCUCUUCAGACUCGGCUGAAUCGCGUAAGCAAAGCAAAGAUAAAUUUCAGUCAGAUGAAGGUUACAAGUUUAAGUCCGUUUCAUCGGAAAGUAAAGUGAUAGGACAAUCUAGCGAAGACGAGUUCUUAAAGAACUCAAAGCAUAAGACCAUAUCCAACAUUAGAAAAGUGUCGUCUCUUCGCAGUCGUCUUUUACCACUGAAUACUCUCGUCAGAAGCCGUGAAGUUAUCCACGGCGAGACCGCGAAAAAAAAAGAUCCAACAGGAAGGCAUUUAAAAAGGCACACAGGAAAGGCAGACAACGUAAGAUCUAAAAACAAACCAAAUAAAGUUUCACGCAAGAAGACUAAGCUAUUUCCACAGCCGAUCAAACGCACAUCGAAAAAAGUGAAGUCCACAUCUGAAGAAAGCAAAGAUUCACAAACUAAUGCUAAACAUUCGUUAAGAAAAAAAGUUACCCCUCACAAAAAACGAUCAAAAAAUUGA